AACACGCAUGAUAUGUCCUAUGAGGAUGUGCCACGUCAUAUUAUUAAUCAUUAAUUUAUGUUGACAGUUUUUGCAAACUUAUUUGCGGAUUAGUACCGAUUAGUGUGGAAUAAAGGAAAAUGGGCAGCAAAGCGUUACCGUACUUCCUGUCAGGAACUGUCAUUAAGGGCUUCGGGAGAGGUUCCAAAGCGCUCGGUAUCCCGACAGCUAAUCUCUCAGAAUCUGUGGUCAACAGUUUGCUGAAAGAUUUAGAUACUGGCAUUUAUUAUGGCUGGGCUUCCUUACAUGGACAAGUUUAUAAAAUGGUCACCAGCAUAGGCUGGAAUCCAUAUUAUAAGAAUGAAAAGAAAUCAAUGGAAGUUCAUCUGCUACAUAAAUUCCCCAAUGAUUUUUAUGGUGCAGAGAUCAAAGUGAUAAUUGCUGGAUAUAUACGACCAGAAAAGGAUUUCUCUUCUCUAGAGGAACUUAUCAGAGAGAUAAAGAAUGAUAUUGCGAUAGCAGAACAAAAAUUAGAAGAGCCUGUUGUAAAUGAAUUAAAAAAUGAAAAUUUUUUAAUAACUAGAGACAAAUGACUCAUGACUAUAAAAAAAUGUCAUUCUCCAUCUGAUAAAUAAAUGUAAUUAUUUUUUUAAUUUCCAUAUUUAUCACAGAA